UGAGGACGACUAGACCAGGUGCGUACGCGACUAUCGAAUACGACGGCUCAGGUGAGCUCCGUCGCCUCUCCUCCUCCGCUUGUCGUCGACGCCACCUGGUCCUGCGGCCGCCGUCGCCUGUCUUCCUCUAUCCAUCUUCAUUGUCGUCAGACAAAUGAUGCAAUCGGAGAUGAUAGACAGAGGGAGAAGCUUCAAGGGACAGAGGAAAUGAUGCUCUCAGAGAAUUUUGGAUGGGGGGUGAGGAAGGGCAUUUAAGUUUCUAGUACUACCUUCCUGUAGAUUUCCCAGUCCAUCGGUUUCAUUAGUUCAAAGUAGAUUUCUGCAUUGCAAACUACCAGCUUUGGCCAAUCUUGUUGCUUCCUUUAACAAACUAUGCCUGCACCUUCGAAAUGUUUUUUUCUUUCCAUUUCCAGAAGCAUCUACAUUCUCUCGUUUUCUUCUUCCCUUCGUCCUCUACACACUCAACCCUCUUGUUCUCUAGCUCUCUCGUUCCUCUGUGCUCGCUCAAUGUCCUCCUCACCCCACCAAGAUCAAAACCUUCAACCCCAAUUCACAAACCCUAGCUCUCGUACUAGAACACCAUUGGAGAAGCAAUUUGAGACUUGGGUACAAAAGCUCAAACCUGGGUUCACUCCAUUUGAUGUUGACGAAGCCUUGCGUGCUCAAUCUGACCCUGAUCUUGCGCUUGACAUCUUCCGAUGGACUGCCCAGCAACGUGGGUAUAAGCACAACAAUGUCACAUAUCUUACAAUGAUUAAGCAACUCAUUUCAGGUAGGCGGUAUCGACACACAGAAACCCUAGUUGAGGAAGUAAUUGCUGGUGCUUGUGAUGCUAGUGUUCCUCUAUACAACUCUAUUAUUAGAUUCUGUUGUGGUCGGAAGUUCCUUUUUAACCGUGCUUUUGAUGUGUAUAAGAAAAUGUUGAAGUCUGAGGAUUAUCAAUGACCAAGCAGAUGAAGGCUUCCGGGGUUAUUCCUGAUACUUUUGUGUUGAAUAUGAUUAUAAAAGCAUAUGCAAAGUGUUUGGAAGUUGAUGAGGCCAUCAGGGUUUUCCAUGAAAUGGGGUUAUAUGGCUGUGAGCCUAAUGCUUAUACUUAUGGUUAUAUUGCGAAAGGUCUGUGUGAGAAAGGGAGGGUGAAUCAAGGCUUAGGGUUUUUUAAGGAGAUGAGGGGCAAGUGUUUGGUGCCAAGCACCAGUACUUAUGUGAUAAUCAUUUGUAGUCUUGCUUUGGAGAGGAGGUUUGAGGAUGCUAUUGAGAUUGUGUUUGAUAUGUUGGGUAAUUCUAGGUCCCCUGAUCAAUUGACUUACAAGACUGUAUUGGAAGGGUUAUGUCGAGAAGGGAGAGGCAAUGAGGCUUUUGAAUUACUUGAUGAAUGGAGGAAUAGAGACAUCUCAAUGAAUGAUAAGACAUACAAGAUUUUGCUGAAUGGAUUGCAUUUCCUUUCUCGGGAAUAGAUUCUUGACUUGCUCCUCACCUCGGGUGUAAAGUCCAGAUGCGUGAAGACUUUCUUAUGCUGAAUUCAGUUUUUCUAACAAGCAAAACUAUAAGUUCUUCUAAGCCCUUGUUGUGUUGUACGAAGUGAUAUUAUUCUUGGAUAAGAGUGAUGG